AGCAACUCCAUCAUGUUAUCCGUUAACUGUUCUCGGCACUUCCAUUACUCAGAACCACCACGUCAAAGUCCCGUCAAGAACAAGAAAAUUUCACUGGGAAAUCUUCAUGUUUCAGUAUUGGCGAAGAAUUCCUCAAAUGGGUCUUCAAGAUUCUUGAGAAACGGGAAAUGGGUUCCCUGCGAAAAGAGAUUUCGUGCAAAAUCCGUUGAUUCAGAAGCAGAUAUUGACCCAACUACCGGAAGCUCCAAGGAGAGUAUUGGAGUCUCUGAUAAUGGUGGGAACCCAUCAACCAGCUUCUUGUCUCUUCUAUGUCCCCUGCUCAGGUUCUUCAGUGGUGGAGAUCCCUCUCAAGAGCGAAACAACUUUCUAGAGGUGGCAACAUCAUCCUUAUCUACCUUGGCAAGAUAUCCAUGGGGAUCAAGACCCCUAUCUAGCAGUGUAGGCAGCCAACAGAUAACUACAGAAGAUUCUCCGAUGCGUUUACAACUCUUUGAGUUUGAGGCAUGCCCUUUUUGCAGGAGAGUUCGAGAGGCAUUGACCGAGCUGGAUCUCUCUGUGGAGGUCUAUCCUUGCCCAAAAGGUUCUUUAAGACAUAGGGAAAUGGUUAAAACAUUUGGUGGCAAGGAGCAGUUCCCUUUCCUUGUCGACCCUAAUACUGGUCUUUCAAUGUAUGAAAGUGGUGAGAUUGUGAAAUACUUAUUCCAUCAGUAUGGUAGUGGAAGCAAUCCCUCUUUUGGGCUCUUAGAAAGCACAUUGUUAACAGGAUGGAUUCCCACGUUUCUACGAGCAGGUAGAGGGAUGAUGCUCUGGGAAAAAGCCAGAAAAGAUCCUCCACCCAAAAAGUUGGAACUCUUCUCCUAUGAAAACAAUCCAUAUGCACGAAUUGUACGUGAAGCACUUUGUGAGUUGGAACUUCCUUACGUCCUCCAAAAUGUGGGAGAAGGAUCAUCUAAUUCUGAAUUACUCUUCGAGAGGUUUGGCUUGAAAGAGGUGCCUUAUCUUAUUGAUCCCAACACUGGUGUUCAAAUCGGAGACUACAAAAAGAUUUUAUCAUAUUUGUUCAAGACAUAUUCCUCUGCAUAAUAGAAGCCUGUACUUCCUCUAGGCCUUAUCAUACAUGAUCUCCAUUAACUAUGUCUUAAUCAUUUUGCAAUGGAUCUCAAUUAAUGUCAAUUACCAGCAGAAAA